CAACGUUCCACUCGCGACGCCAACUCUUCCUUGUCCAAACACUUUGCCCAUCGGCAACACCAAUUAUUCCCAAUUUGCCGUUGCCCUCGAUCCCAAGCUCCUCGAUGUGGCAUCGCGAUAUCUGCCUGUCCGCUACAUAGACCGACAUAGUGGCUUGGGCAGGGUUGGACUGAUCUUCGCCACCAACUGCAGGCAGAACCGACGCGGCGGCGAUAAUCGAAACGAAGAGAUCGUCGCGACAGCGACCACAAGCUCCUCCCAUUCUUCGCCCAACCUGUGAUACCCCAGCAAAAGCCGCUCAAAAUGUCCGACUACCACCGCGAUGUCUCGCAGUACAAGUACUCGGCCAUGUCCAACCUGGUCCUCCAGGCGGAUCGUCGGUUCGUCACGAGGCGAACCGACGAGCCCACCGGGGAUCCAGAGUCGCUGGCCGGGCGCUUGUCCAUCAAGGAUAUGGGCACGCGCGUGAACCGGGGCACAGCGCCAAAGCCAAAGAAAACCAGCGCCAUGCCGGAUGUGGAGCGCGGCAGCAUGCGAGAAGGCGCCGACGUCCUGCAACACGUGAAGCAGCAGAAGAGCAAGGCGGAUGCCCGUGGCGGUGGUAUCCUCUCCGGGGCCGAUGCGCUGAUUGAAGGCAUCCGGUAUCGACCCCGGACGCAGCCCACCCGCGAUGCCUUCAACCUCAUUUUGACGAUAGUGGCAGAGCACCUUGGCGAUGUUCCCCACGAGGUUGUGCGGAGUGCUGCCGACGCGACAUUGGAGUAUCUGAAAGACGACGAUAUGAAAGACCUCGAUAAGAAGAAGGAGAUUGACGACAUUCUGGGCGUCUCGAUGAGCCCUAAGCAGUUCAACGAGCUGGUGAACCUGGGGAAAAAGAUCACGGAUUACGAUGCGCAAGACGAAGAUGAGGACAUGGAGGAUGUGAAGCGCGCCGGCGAGGACGAGAUUGACGGUCGGCAAGGUGUUGCUGUCAACUUCGAGAAUGAGGAAGAUGACGAUGGAAUGGUCGACGUCGUUCGGGACGAGUCCUCAGAAGACGAGGACCAGGAAGAGGAGGAAGAAGCCCCAGAUCUCCAAGAAGUUGCUGACGAAGACGGAGAAGGCUUGGACCGUGAUGGCGAAGGGGCGGGGCUGGCGGACGGUGAGGCCAUGGUGAUAGAUGCCGUGCCCCAGGGGAAGGACAAGUCUCAAGAGAAGAACUUUGUUCCUGCCCGGGAUAUUGAUGCAUACUGGCUGCAACGCCAGAUUGGCCGCCUCUAUCCCGACCCCCACACCCAGCACGAUAAGACCGUCCAAGCUCUCAAGAUCUUGUCGGGAGAGCCAGACGAACCCGAUGGCGAAGAGAAGCAGCUCCGUGAUAUCGAAAACGAUCUGAUGGAGCUGUUUGAGUACGAGCAUCAUGAGAUUGUGCAAAAACUCAUCGAGAACCGAGAGAAGGUUGUGUGGCUCACGCGCUUAGCAAGGGCCGAAGACCGGGAGGAACGCGAGACGAUCGAGCGAGAAAUGGCUUCUGAAGGACUGCGCUGGAUCCUUGAUGAGCUGUACGGCAAGCCCAAAGACGACCAGAAGAAGCCCAAGCUGGAGAUCAAAAUGGACAUAGAUAAGGGCGCUUUCGAAGCCGCGCAGCCUCAGAAAGAAGAGCGAGCCGAAGGACAGUUGGUCGGGGGACUCCAACCUAAGAAGCUGAUCAACUUGGAGAACCUUGUCUUCGACCAAGGAAACCACCUCAUGACCAACCCAAGGGUCAAGCUACCAGAAGGAACGGUAAAGCGAACGUUCAAAGGAUACGAGGAAGUUCACGUCCCCCAGCCCAAGCCGCGGAACGACCCGAGUGACCAGAAUAUCCCGAUUACAGAGAUGCCCGAGUGGGCUCGGCUGCCGUUCAGCACCACGAAGUCGCUCAACAAGAUCCAAUCCAAGUGUUAUUCCACGGCAUUCCUGGAUGACGGCAACAUGCUCGUUUGCGCUCCGACGGGAAGUGGCAAGACCAACGUUGCAAUGCUCACAAUACUCCGGGAGAUCGGCAAGAACAGGAAUAGCAGAGGAGAGAUCGAUUUGGAUGCGUUCAAGAUCGUUUACAUCGCCCCCCUCAAGGCUCUUGUCCAGGAGCAAGUUGGAAACUUUGGGAUGAGGCUGCAGCCAUAUGGUAUCAAGGUGUCCGAGCUGACAGGUGAUCGACAACUCACCAAGCAGCAAAUCUCCGAGACCCAGGUCAUCGUAACGACUCCUGAGAAAUGGGACGUUAUCACGAGAAAAGCAACUGACAUCUCGUACACCAACCUGGUACGGCUUAUUAUCAUCGAUGAGAUCCAUUUGCUGCACGACGACCGUGGCCCCGUGCUGGAGAGUAUCGUCAGCAGAACCAUCCGGCGGACUGAGCAGACGGGCGAACCAGUUCGCAUCGUCGGCCUGUCAGCCACGCUGCCCAACUAUCGGGAUGUGGCGAGUUUCCUCCGCGUUGAUUUCGAAAAGGGCAUGUUCCACUUCGACGGCUCGUACCGCCCUUGCCCCUUGCGCCAAGAGUUCAUUGGUGUCACAGAAAGGAAAGCCAUCAAGCAGCUCAAGACCAUGAACGACAUCACGUACCAGAAGGUUCUCGAGCAUGUUGGCCAGAAUCGGCACCAGAUGCUGGUGUUUGUCCACUCGAGGAAGGAGACAGCCAAAACAGCAAAGUACAUCCGCGACAAAGCUUUGGAAAUGGAAACCAUCGACCAGAUCCUCAAGCACGAUGCCGGCACCCGCGAGGUCUUGAGCGAGGCGGCCAAUUCGGUUAACAACACGGAUCUCAAAGACAUUCUGCCGUAUGGCUUCGGAAUCCACCACGCCGGCAUGACCCGAGAGGACAGAACCGAUGUUGAGGAGCUCUUCGCGAGUGGGCACAUCCAGGUGCUGGUGUGCACGGCAACCCUUGCUUGGGGUGUCAAUUUGCCUGCUCAUACCGUCAUCAUCAAGGGCACACAGGUCUACUCUCCGGAAAAGGGCAGCUGGGUCGAGCUGAGCCCUCAGGAUGUUCUCCAGAUGCUUGGCCGCGCAGGCCGUCCCCAAUUCGAUAAGUAUGGCGAGGGCAUCAUCAUCACCACCCACGGGGAGAUACCAUAUUACUUGUCGUUGCUCAACCAGCAGCUGCCAAUCGAGAGCCAGCUGGCGAGCAAACUUGUGGACAACCUCAACGCCGAAAUUGUCCUUGGCAACGUUCGGAGUCGUGAUGAGGGCGUGGAGUGGCUGGGCUACACCUACCUCUUUGUCAGGAUGCUUCGUUCUCCAGGCCUGUACAGCGUCGGCCCCGAGUACGAGGACGACGCAGCCCUGGAACAGAAGCGGGUCGACUUGAUCCAUUCUGCUGCAAUGGUUUUGAAGAAAUCCAACUUGAUCAAAUACGACGAGAAGACGGGCAGGAUGCAGUCCACCGAGCUCGGGCGCAUUGCGUCCCACUACUACAUCACAUACUCGUCGAUGGACACAUACAACAAGUUGAUUCAGCCGUCCAUGAACGAUAUCGAACUCUUCCGCGUCUUUGCACAGAGUGGCGAGUUCAAAUAUAUUCCGGUCCGUCAAGAAGAGAAGCUCGAGCUUGCGAAAAUCCUUGCCCGGGUCCCUGUCCCUGUCAAGGAGAGCAUUGAGGAACCGACGGCCAAGAUUAACGUGCUUCUCCAAGCCUACAUCUCUCGCCUGAAGCUCGAGGGGUUGGCUCUCAUGGCGGACAUGGUUUACGUCACCCAAUCAGCUGGUCGCAUUCUCAGGGCUAUAUUCGAAAUUGCUUUGAGGAAAGGCUGGGCCUCUGUCGCCAAGCUCGCCCUCAACUUGUGCAAGAUGGCGGAGAAGAGGAUGUGGCCGACCAUGUCACCCCUUAGACAGUUCCCCAAUUGCCCAAUCGAGAUUGUGCGGAAAGCCGAGAGGAUAGAGGUGCCGUUCAGCAGCUACUUUGAUCUAGACCCUCCUCGAAUGGGGGAGCUGCUGGGCUUGCCCAAGGCUGGGAAGACCGUGUGCGGGCUCGUCGCCAAGUUCCCUCGAGUCGAGAUCCAGGCAAACGUGCAACCCAUGACAAGAUCGAUGCUCCGUGUCGAGCUGACCAUUACACCCAACUUUGAGUGGGAUGUUGAUGUCCAUGGGUUUUCGGAAAGCUUCUGGAUCAUCGUCGAGGAUUGCGAUGGCGAAGACAUUCUCUACCACGACCAGUUCAUUUUGCGCAAGGAAUACGCUGAAGUGGAGGCCAACGAGCACAUUGUCGAGUUCACGGUUCCCAUCUCGGAGCCGAUGCCACCCAACUACUUCAUAUCGGUCAUCUCGGAUCGGUGGAUGCACUCCGAGACUCGCAUGGCGGUAUCGUUCCAGAAGCUCAUUCUGCCAGAACGGUUCCCCCCCCACACAGAAUUGCUCGACUUGCAGCCCCUCCCGGUGUCUGCUCUCAAGGCUAAGGACUACGCUGCCCUCUAUCCAGACUGGCAACAGUUUAACAAGGUGCAAACACAAACUUUCAAUUCCCUAUACAACACCGAUCACAAUGUCCUGGUCGCAGCCCCAACGGGCAGCGGCAAGACGGUUUGUGCAGAGUUUGCCCUCCUGCGCCAUUGGGCCAAGCGAGAACCUGGGCGGGCUGUCUACAUCGCUCCCUUCCAAGAACUGGUGGACCAACGGUUCCAGGAGUGGCAAAAGCGCUUCUCGAAUCUCCGCGGGGGCAAGGAUAUCGUGAAGCUUACGGGAGAAACGUCCAGUGACCUCAAGUUGCUUGAGCAGGGAGACCUGAUUCUCGCCACCCCUCUCCAGUGGGACGUCCUUUCCCGGCAGUGGAAGAGGAGAAAGAAUGUUCAGACGGUGGAGCUGUUCAUUGCGGAUGAGCUGCACAUGCUCGGCGGUCAGAUGGGGUACAUCUACGAGAUCAUCGUGUCUCGGAUGCACUACAUCCGAACGCAAACGGAGCUCCCGAUGAGGAUUGUUGGCCUCAGCGUGUCCCUUGCUAACGCCCGCGACGUCGGCGAGUGGAUCGACGCCAAGAAGCACGACAUUUACAACUUCAGCCCCCAUGUGCGCCCGGUGCCGCUGGAGCUUCACAUUCAGUCAUACACCAUUCCUCACUUCCCGUCUCUUAUGCUCGCCAUGGCGAAGCCGACAUACCUUGCCGUUACCCAGAUGUCUGCGGACCAGCCGGCCAUCAUCUUCGUGCCCAGCCGAAAGCAGACCAGGGCUACGGCCCGCGAUCUGCUCACGGCUUGCCUCGCAGAUGACGACGAGGAUCGGUUCCUGCACGUUGACGUGGACCAACUGAGGAAACUUCUUGACAGAGUCCAAGAGGAGGCCCUCGCCGAGGCUCUCUCCCACGGGGUGGGCUAUUACCACGAAGCUCUCAGCCAGAGCGACAGGCGUAUUGUCAAGCACCUCUACAACAACGGGGCUAUCCAAGUUCUUAUUGCCUCGCGCGAUGUCUGUUGGGAGCUUGAUUGCACAGCACACUUGGUUGUCGUCAUGGGUACUCAGUACUUCGAGGGCAGGGAACAUCGCUAUGUCGACUACCCUUUGAGCGAAGUACUGCAAAUGUUCGGCAAGGCCGUGCAACCAUCCAAGGAUGGGCGUAGCCGCGGCGUCCUCAUGCUUCCAGCCGUGAAGCGUGAGUAUUACAAGAAGUUCCUUAACGAGGCGCUGCCGGUCGAGUCUCAUCUCAACAACUUCCUCCAUGAUGCAUUCGUAACGGAGAUCAGCACCAAGAUGAUUGAGUCCGGGGAGGACGCUAUCAACUGGGCCACCUUCACAUACUUCUACAGGCGUCUGCUUGCGAACCCAACUUACUAUGGUCUGACAGACCCGACGCACGAGGGGUUGAGCCAGUACCUCUCCGACAUGGUCGAGGAGACAUUGCGGGAAUUGGCCGAGUCCAAUAUCAUCGACAUGGACGAGGACGACGGAACGGUUGCGCCACAGAAUGCUGCGAUGAUCGCCGCCUACUACAACAUCUCGUAUAUCACGAUGCAGACAUUCCUCCUGUCGCUCAAGCAGAGUCACAAGCUGAAGGGUAUUCUCGAGAUUGUGACAUCGGCGACCGAAUUUGAGUCGAUCCAGAUGAGGCGCCACGAGGAGGCUAUCCUUCGACGCAUCUACGACAACGUGCCGGUGAAGAUGAGCGAUCCCGCCUAUGACUCGGUUCAUUUCAAGGCAUUCGUCUUGGUUCAGGCACAUUUUUCGAGAAUGAACCUACCAAUUGAUCUCUCCAAGGACCAGGAGGUCAUCUUGACCAAACUUCUCAGUCUCCUGAGCGCCGUUGUCGAUAUCUUAUCGUCCGAAGGCCAUCUGAACGCAAUGAACGCGAUGGAGAUGUCGCAGAUGGUGGUGCAGGCCAUGUGGGACCGCGACAGCCCGCUAAAGCAGAUCCCCAACUUUACGCCCGAGGUGGUCAAGGCAGCGAAUAAGCACGGCAUUAGGGAUAUCUUCGACUUCAUGGAGAAGAUGAACCCGGAUGAGAACCCCGAUUACGGCUCGCUCGUCAAAGACCUCGGCCUCUCCCAGGCGCAGCUGGCGCAAGCGGCCAACUUCACCAACACCAAGUACCCCGACAUCUCGCUUGAGUUCGAGGUGGAAGACAAGGAGAGCAUCCGCGCGGGCGAGCCGGCGUACCUCAAGAUCCACAUUGAACGCGAGCUGGGCGAGGAUGAGGAGUUCGACCCCACGGUACACGCGCCGUUCUACCCGGGCAAAAAGACGGAGAACUGGUGGCUUGUGGUUGGCGAGGAGAGUUCCAAGACCCUGCUAGCCAUCAAGCGGGUAACCGUGGGGCGGGAGCUCAAUCUCAGGCUCGAGUUUACCGUGCCAACGCCUGGCCGCCAUGACCUGAAGCUGUUCUUGAUGAGUGACAGCUAUGUUGGAGUCGACCAGGAGCCUACCUUCUCUGUCAUGGUUGGAGAAGGGAUGGACGUGGACGAGAGCGAGGAAGAGGAGGAGGAGUAGGAGGAGGAGGAAUAGAUGACAGGCGAGUGUGUCACGUGUUGGUCCCCCUGAUUUCUUAGAAGACAGCUGUUGGAUGGUAAUGUACUGUAUGUGGACGCGAAGGGACGGUUAGGUAUUUAUUGAUUGUGUCUUUGACUUUCAGACGGCCCAUGGUCUCAUGAAUCCAAGCAGAUGCAGUGGUGAGAAACUCGACAACCACGGUGUGACAGGGCACUCGAUAAGACGAAAGCUCCUGGUCUGGCUUGUUCCCCCUGCUGCUGGAACGUUCGAACUCAGUGGUUGGGGACGAGGUACGUACUGUACACACUGGUAUCGGCGCCGUUCACAACGCCGUGCGCGCCACGAGAAACGAAGUGGGCCCUUCCG